AUGGGGAGUCGGCGAACUCGACUGUCAACCAAUGAGAGGCAUGGGCGCCACAAAGACCGGAUGUGGCUGCCGUCUCGUGCAAUGAUGUCAUUCCUCCCGGCUGAUAUCGUCCGAUCAAGCAGAUUUUUCCUACCCGCUGAAAUAUGCCAUGGAUGAGCAGAAAUGAAAGAUGACGGGAAAUGCAGAGAGAUCCUUCCAAUUUGCCCCAGUCGCAACAUGAUCGUUGUUUGCUUCAUGAUUAAGUCACUAUUGUUUCAUACAAAAGGGAUAUAAACGUCCCUUGAAGACCUACCCUUUGCCUCAGUGCACAACUCGAGGAUCGACGAGGCAUUGUGAAACCUUCAACUACGGAGUCAAUGCCAACUGAGCCAAUUUUCCUUCCCAACGGUUAUGUGUACACCGUCACCCCCGUCUUCGGGGGAAUGACAUUCAAGCACAACGAAAUCAACAUCAGCCAUUCAACCCUACCACCGGGAUGGAAUAUAGUCGUACAUACCGAAAGGUUUUCUCCGACAAGUGAGAAAUGCCGACCCGAAUCUCCCUCCAAUUCUGGCAAUUCCUCGUCGGGCCUCUCCCGCCCAGGCUCUGGCUCAAGGCCUCAAAGCCCGUCCAGGGAGAAUAGACGCACCCCCCGAAGCCGUUCAUUUCGCUUUACAAAACCGACCCUUGACCGUGAUUGCCUUUUCAUCUCUUCCCUAUUCUUUCCUUCAAGUCGGGACUUCAAAUCGCCCUCGUCGCCCACACGGCAAAUUGCGAUGAUGCUCUGGGCAACUCUUUGGUGGUAUUUUCAUUUACCAGAGCCAAAUCGACAUGUCUCCACCCCUGAAUCCGCGUUGACGCCCGAGCCUGGCCGCCCAAAGGGAGAGUGGCGUGUGUAUAUCAAACGGGAAGGUGUCCUUAAAGGUCGCAAUCUGAUGCAAAAACUGGAGCGAAUGGGCUUAGUGACAUGUGAGGAUUCGUCCGUGGGCCUCGAUCCCGCCGAUCCUGACUAUCAGGAUGGCUGGAGAGAAAUGUACGUCAGUCGUCGUAGGUUCUGGCAAUUGGAUCCUAGAAUCUUCCUUUUCACGUUGCAGCCCGUGUCAGUGCCACCGGUUAUCGAUAUACCACACUUUUCUCGCCCGGACUCUCCUCCCAGUGGUAGUAUAUCAACGACAUCCCCUACGUCUGCAGCUGCUCUUCUAGGCCCGGAAAAUGCUCCUUUCAACCCAUCUAUGCCUGGUGGCCCAUUUUACUCUGGAAGUCACUUGCCAACCUUUUUCCCUCCCGCUCCUCCACUCUAUACUUUCACAAACGGAACACGCCAUCCCAUCCGUCCUAAACCACCCAGGCAAGGAGAAACGUUCUAUGUCCGCUAUAUUCGCAGUGUAGCGCAGACGCUGUCCUUCCGUGUCCCAGUUCUCAAGGCGAGAGAGUCGGUCAUGUUAAGUGACUUGAACAUACGCCAUCGCAAGUCCGCAAGCGCAACAUCCAUCGCUGACAUGAUGACAGCGGGUUCUGUCUUGCCCAGAUCAGAAAAUGAAUCAGAUCUUGACGUCUUACACAGGUGGAUGAACAAUCCACGCAUUAAUGCUGCUUGGGGCGCAGCUGGCCCGCGCUCGAUUCAAGAUGCUUUCCUGCGGAAGCAACUCACGUCCACCUUCUCAUUUCCCGCCUUGGGUUGUUGGGAUGGCAAGCCGUUUGGGUAUUUUGAGAUUUAUUGGAUAAAGGAGGCAAAUAUAGCAAAGCUGCUCCUGUCUCCAGUGGGCAAUUGGGAUCGUGGGUUCCACUGCUUAAUUGGCGAAGAGGAGUACCGGAGUUCACAUCGAGUACAGAUAUGGUUGAGUGCACUGGUACACUACUGCUGGCUGGCGGAUAAUCGGACGGAGAAUGUCAUCCUGGAGCCUAGAGUUGACAAUGAAAGGUUAAUUUCUAGCCUUCAUACAGCAGGCUUCUAUAAAGAUGGAGAAGUGGCCUUUCCCCACAAGCAAGCUGCUGUGAUGAGGAUGAAACGAGAUAAUUGGGAAGCACCCGUGAUAUGA